AUGAACAGAGACUCCUUAGGACCUCUGGUACCAUGUCUCAAGGACAACUAUGCUUAUCUUUUGCACGAUGUUGAUACUGGCACUGUUGGAGUGGUUGACCCUUCUGAAGCUGUACCUGUUAUAGAUGCCUUGAGUAGGAAAAAUCGUAAUUUGACCUACAUACUGAACACUCAUCAUCAUUAUGAUCACACUGGUGGAAACAUGGAGCUUAAAGAAAGGUAUGGUGCAAAGGUAAUUGGAUCAGGAGUAGAUAGCGAUAGGAUUCCUGGCAUUGAUAUAGCUUUGAAGGACGGGGACAAAUGGAUGUUUGCAAGCCAUGAGGUAAUUGGAUCAGGAGUAGAUAGCGAUAGGAUUCCUGGCAUUGAUAUAGCUUUGAAGGACGGGGACAAAUGGAUGUUUGCAAGCCAUGAGGUGCUCAUAACUGAAACUCCCGGACAUACACGAGGUUGA